AUGUCUGCACAUUACGCACCUCUGCCAACCCAGCAGUCAUCACGAGAUGUCGAUCGUGAACUCAACGACGCCUUUGAGUCCGAUGGCGAUGAUGAGGAUUACAUUGACUCAGAACGCAAUCGUCCGCGUGCUGAGACCUUUUCCUACGUCGCAAUUCCCCAAAAAGACGCGUCUGGUAGUACGACAGUUCCUGGAACUUAUGACUUUGAGCGGAAUUACGACUACGACCGCCCGCCCCCUGGUUCUCCUCCACAGCCUCUCGCAUCUGCUCUACCCAAUGAUAUAGGCAAUUCAAAUGGCGAAUUGCCAACCUCUCCUUUGGGAACGACAUUACCACGACCAUCAUUCUUGCGCAGGGCAGUUGGGGCCAUCUUACCUACUCACUACGUCCGUGUACCGACCCAUGAACCACCCGUCGGGGUGAGAGGUGGAGGAAUACAGAAUGAUGGAGUGUUCUCGAAUGUUGUCGUCAAACCCGCCUCCUCAGUACCAAUACAAGCUGAUGAUGGCAGCAUCUACAUGGUCCCUGAGGAGACGCAAGGCACUGCUCCACCCUCUUAUGCGGCAGCCCAAGCAGAUGCUGUUCCCCCGUAUUGGGAUACAAUCAUACAUGCUCCUUCCGGAAUGGACACCGAUACUGGGAUGAUCGUCGGCGAUCUUCCCUCGGGCUCCAUCCUCACUUUCAUCUCGAACCUCUUCGUCUCGUUUUUAUUCCAAUUUAUCGGCUUCCUCCUAACGUACCUCCUCCAUACCACACAUGCCGCAAAGUUUGGCUCGAGAGCUGGCCUUGGACUAACGUUGAUCCAAUAUGGAUUUUACUCUCGUACAGCGGUCAACAUAUAUCCUGCGCCUGAUAGUAAUGGCGAUCCUGAUGUCCUCAUGCUAUCCUCCCCGCCUUCAUCUUCGGCCCCCGUGCCUCCAGAGAAUACCGUUAUUCUCAACAUGUUUUCACGAGAGUGGCUAUCAUUUAUUUUAAUGACUGUCGGCUGGUUUCUGCUCCUUUCCUCUUUGGUCGGUUUUUGGCGCGUAAAGAACUGGGAAUGUGCCAUCCGCGCCUCAAAUGCACACGAACCUCAAUCACCUGAGGAUAUCGCUCGUGAUAUCGCGACGAGGAGAAAUAUUGAGCAGGCGUUCAACAUCGCACCGCUUGAAGAGAGCGAGCGCACAUCUCUCGGCUCGCCUUUCACAGUCACGACACAGCAGGAACAUGCAGAGGCAGAAUUGCGGGCUGCACAUCUAUUGUGA